AUGGAAUCUGCAAAGUCUCUAUUCGACACACCAGUGCAACCUGUUACCGGUCUCGGACGAUAUCGCAUGCUCUCAGCUACGGCUGGCGUCCAUGUAUCUCCUCUUCAGCUCGGCGCUAUGAGCAUUGGAGAUAAAUGGAGCGAACUCGGGAUGGGAAGCAUGGAUAAAAUUUCCAGCUUCAAGCUCCUCGACGCGUUCUUCGACAAUGGAGGGAAUUUUAUCGACACAGCCAACUUCUAUCAAGAUGAAACUUCGGAAAUGUUCAUCGGGGAAUGGUCAGAGUCUCGAGGAAUUCGCGAUCAGCUCUUCAUUGCAACCAAGUAUUCCAACAACACAAAAAACAGGACAGGUACAAUCAAACAAGCUGCUUUGUACUCGGGCAACAGCGCGAAAUCAAUGCACAUUUCGGUGGAAGCUUCUCUAAAGAAAUUGCGCACGUCGUACAUCGAUCUCUUUUACCUUCACUUUUGGGACUGGGACACUAGCUUCGAGGAAGUGAUGAAGGCCAUGCAUACCCUUAUCGUGCAAGGAAAGGUGUUGUACCUCGGUGUUUCAAAUACUCCGGCAUGGGUCGUUUCAAAGGCUAAUCAAUACGCUCGCGAUCAUGGGCUUACGCCUUUCGUGAUCUAUCAAGGCUACUGGAACAUCUUGGAUCGUUCUUUCGAAAGAGAUAUCAUUCCAAUGGCACGAUCUGAAGGAAUGGCACUCGCUCCGUACGGCGUUCUUGGUGCUGGCAAAAUUCGCACAGACGAGGAAGAAGAAAGACGCCGUGCCAAUGGCGAGCACGGCCGUACAGUCUUUGACCCGAACUGGGAACGAACAGACAGAGAGAAAGCGAUCUGCAAGGCGCUUGAAAAGGUUGCAGCUGAAGUCGGUGCAAAGAGCAUCACCUCAGUGGCGAUUGUAUACGUGAUGCAGAAGACGCCGUAUGUGUUCCCUGUCAUUGGCGGGCGGAAGGUUGAGCAUUUGCUCGCGAAUGUGGAAGCUCUAAAUAUUUCUUUGACGAAAGAACAGAUUCAGUACUUGGACAAUGCAUCUCCGUUCGAUCCUGGGUAUCCCAACUGGCUAAUUCUGCGAACGUCGAAAAUGCUCAUGCGUCGGUAUUUUGACCACUACAUCGGAUUUUGCGCCAAAUACAUCAACUACUUGUCAGCUAACACACAGGCACAUGUUCUUCAAUCUUCCUCUUUGCUCAUGAAAUUCACUGCCAAUGGGACAGUGUCAAUCAAACGAAUUAAUGUGUGA